AUGACUAUACUUUCUGUUCAGUCCCAGAAAUCCUGGAUUGAAGGAGUAUUUGACAAGAGAGAAUGCAACAAAGUGAUACCCAGCUCAAAAGACCCUCACAGAUGUACUGGAGGGUGCCAAAUCUGCCAGAAUUUAAUCAGGUGUUACUGUGGACGAUUGAUUGGAGAUCAUCCUGGAAUAGCUUAUCCCUGGACCAUUUCAGCUUCCAUCAAUGAUGAAAAUGAACAAUGGUCUGUUGAAAAACACACAACAAAAAGCCCUACAGAUACUUUUGGCACUAUUAAUUUCCAAGAUGGAGAUCACAUCUACCAUUCCAAGUAUAUUAGGACUUCCUAUGAUACCAAGUUGGAUCAUCUGUUACACUUAAUGUUGAAAGAGUGGAAGAUGGAAUUGCCAAAGCUGGUGAUCUCCGUCCAUGGCGGUAUCCAGAACUUUAAAAUGCCCUCCAAACUUAAAGAGGUAUUCAGUCAAGGUUUGGUCAAAGCUGCAGAGACAACAGGAGCUUGGAUACUGACUGAAGGCAUUAAUACUGGAGUGUCCAAGCAUGUUGGGGAUGCCCUGAAAGCCCAUUCCUCCCAGUCCUUGCGAAAAAUCUGGACAGUUGGAAUCCCCCCUUGGGGUGUCAUUGAGAACCAGAGAGAUCUUAUUGGAAAAGAUGUGGUGUGCUUGUACCAGACUCUUGGUAACCCCCUCAGCAAGCUCACCACACUAAACAGCAUGCACUCACACUUCAUCUUGUGUGAUGAUGGGACUGUGGGCAAGUAUGGAAAUGAAAUGAAGCUCAGGAGGAAUCUGGAAAAGUACCUAUCUCUGCAGAAAAUACACAGCCGUACAAGACAAGGAGUGCCUGUGGUGGGUCUGGUGGUGGAAGGAGGUCCCAAUGUGAUCCUGUCAGUCUGGGAGACCGUGAAGGACAAUGACCCUGUGGUGGUGUGUGAAGGUACUGGCCGAGCUGCUGACCUCUUGGCCUUCACUCACAAACACUUAGCGGAUGAAGGGACUCUACGUCCCCAGGUGAAGGAAGAAAUCAUCUGCAUGAUUCAGACCACUUUUAACUUUAGUCUAAAACAGUCCAAACACCUCUUUCAGAUUCUAAUGGCGUGCAUGGCGCACAGGGAUUCUAUUACAAUAUUUGAUGCAGAUUCUGAGGACCAACAAGACCUAGAUUUAGCAAUCCUAACAGCUCUGUUGAAGGGCACAAAUUUAUCAGCAUCAGAACAAUUAAAUCUGGCAAUGGCUUGGGACAGAAUGGACAUUGCCAAGAAACAGAUUCUAAUUUACGGACAACAUUGGAAGCCUGGCUCACUAGAACAAGCAAUGUUGGAUGCAUUAGUGAUGGAUCGGGUAGAUUUUGUGAAGCUCUUAAUAGAACAUGGAGUGAACCUUCAUCGCUUUCUUACCAUCCCCCGACUGGAAGAGCUCUAUAAUACAAGACAAGGACCUACGAAUAUGCUCUUACAUCAUCUUGUCCGAGAUGUAAAACAGAAUACCCUUCUCUCAGUCUACAGAAUCACACUGAUGGACAUUGGAUUGGUAAUAGAAUACCUCCUUGGUGGAGCAUAUCGCAGCAGCUAUACUAGAAAAAACUUCAGAGCACUCUACAACAACCUCUCUAGGAAACACAAGCCUUCCCUUCACCGGAGAUGCACUUCAGAAAAUAGAAAUGAUUCUGCAGAAAGCACACUGCAUUCUCAGUUCAUUAGAACGGCCCAGCCUUACAAACUCAAGGAAAAGACUGUAGCCCUUCACAAAUCAAGGAAGAAGUCAAAAGAACAAAACAUAUCAGAGGACCCUGAGUCCACUGGCUUCAUUUACCCUUACAAUGACCUGCUGGUUUGGGCUGUGCUCAUGAAAAGGCAGAAGAUGGCCAUGUUCUUCUGGCAACACGGAGAGGAGGCCACGGUUAAGGCUGUGAUUGCCUGCAAACUCUACCGAGCAAUGGCCCAUGAAGCUAAGCAGAGCAAUAUGGUGGAUGAUGCCUCUGACGAGUUGAAAAAUUACUCAAAACAGUUUGGCCAGCUUGCCCUGGACGUGUUGGAGAAGGCAUUCAAGCAGAAUGAACGAAUGGCUAUGAAGUUGUUGACCUAUGAACUCAAAAACUGGAGCAAUGCUACCUGUUUGAAACUGGCAGUGUCUGGAGGCUUGCGACCCUUUGUCUCACAUACUUGUACCCAAAUGCUACUGACUGACAUGUGGAUGGGGCGCCUGAAAAUGAGGAAGCACUCUUGGUUAAAGAUCAUUUUAAGUAUUCUUUUACCACCCACCAUUCUGACACUGGAAUUUAAAAGCAAAGCUGAGAUGUCCCAUAUUCCGCAGCCCCAGGACUACCAAUUUACGUGGUAUUAUGGUGACCAGAACGCCAGCAGUACCAAAGACAAUGUUUGUAUGAAAGAUUGUGAUGUGGAAAGAGGCACAGAUGAGAAACUGGAUGAAAACCACCACUUUGAUUUAACGAGUGGGCCCAAAAGCCUUCCAUGGACCAGGAAGGUUUACGAGUUCUACAGUGCUCCUAUUGUCAAGUUUUGGUUUCAUACGAUGGCUUAUUUGGCAUUCCUCAUGCUGUUCACUUACACUGUGUUGGUAGAGAUGCAACCCCAGCCCAGCAUGCAAGAAUGGCUUGUUAUCAUUUACAUCUUCACCAAUGCCAUUGAGAAAGUCAGGGAGGUCUGUAUUUCAGAGCCUGGGAAGUUUAUUCAAAAGGUGAAGGUAUGGGUUAGUGAGUACUGGAACCUAGUUGGAACUGUUGCAAUUGUCCUGUUUUUAGUUGGUUUUGGCCUUCGGUGGGGUGAGCCUCCUUUUCACACAGCGGGAAGACUUAUCUACUGCGUAGACAUCAUAUUCUGGUACACACAACUACUGGACUUUCUUGCUGUGAAUCAACAUGCUGGUCCAUACCUGACUAUGAUUGCAAAAAUGACAGGAAACAUGUUCUACAUAGUGAUCAUGAUGGCCAUAGUCCUCCUGAGCUUUGGAGUGGCUCGUAAGGCCAUUCUUUCUCCAAAGGAGCCUCCAUCUUGGAAGUUAGCUCGAGAUAUUGUAUUUGAACCAUACUGGAUGAUAUAUGGAGAAGUCUAUGCUGCAGAUAUAGAUGUUUGUGAAAGCCAUAUAUCGUGUCCUCCUGGUUCUUUUCUUACUCCAUUCCUUCAAGCUGUCUACCUCUUCGUGCAAUACAUCAUCAUGGUGAACCUGUUGAUUGCUUUCUUCAACAAUGUUUACAUGGAUAUGAAGUCCAUGUCAGAUAAACUGUGGAAAUACAAUCGCUAUCGCUACAUUAUGACCUUCCACGAGAAGCCUUGGCUGCCUCCUCCUUUCAUUCUGCUGAGUCACCUGGGCCUCCUCAUCCGCCGCCUUUGCCAUCAUCAAGGUCCAAAUGACCAAGAAGAAGGUGAUGUUGGAUUAAAACUGUACCUGAGUAAUGAAGAUUUGAAAAAACUUCACGAUUUUGAAGAGCAGUGUGUGGAAAAAUACUUCCAUGAGAAGAUGGAAAGCUUGAAUUGUAGUUGUGAGGAACGAAUUCGAGUGACGUCAGGGAGGGUCACAGAGAUGUACUUCCAACUGAAAGAAAUGAAUGAGAAGGUGUCUUUUAUAAAGGACUCCUUAUUGUCUUUGGACAGCCAGGUGGGACACCUUCAGGACCUUUCUGCAUUGACCGUGGAUACCUUAAAAGUCCUUUCUGCUGUUGACACCUUGCAAGAGGAUGAGGCUCUUCUGACAAACAGGAAGCUUUCUACUUGCAGAAAACUUCCCCAUAGCUGGAGCAAUGUCAUCUGUACAGAGGUUCUAAGUAGCAUGGAGACCUCUGGAGAGAAGAAGUACCAGUAUUAUAGCACGCCACCUUCUUUGCUGCAGAGGUUGGCUAGAAGCCAACAUCAUCCAAAAGUGGAGAGGGGGCAUUUUCUUGAUAUUACAGACAAUCUGAGACAAGCUCCAAAUGUACGCAAUGAGCAGGAAGAGCAAGAAACAAAAAAUGGUACAGCUGCUUCUGGGGUGUACCUUAACUGGCAAGUGCAUCCAAAUUAUGGUCAAUUUCUCCAGGUUCCUACUUAUAUAAAGCAAGUUUCUUUUCCUUCAGAAAUGACUUUGUCUCUAUCCAGACCAUCUGAGGAAGCAGAGGCAGAUAUGCUGACAACUGAGCAGGUCAUCCAGAGUGAGGUCCCCUUUCAUCUGAACUGGCAGUCACCAGUUAUCUCAGACCAGGGGUUAAUAGCCGAACCCAAGGAGCAGUAUGUGACACUCACUCAGGCACAAGCCAAACAACACCAAGGGGAACAAAUUCUACCUAUCUUGACUUCCAAACCUGCACCCAUGAAAGCAACCUCGCUUCCUUCCCAAGUGGAGAGCAUGCGGACUGGAGGUGGAUAUGUGAACUGGGCAUUUUCAGAAGUCGAUGAAACUGGUGUGUGUAGCAUCAAGAAAAAAUGGCAAACUUACUUACCUUCCACUUAUAGCAGUGACUCAACCCAGAAUGGACCCUGCCAGAUGCAAAGCCGGGCCAGAUCCCUCUGUGAGAACCCAACAAGAUUGGCCCAAUGUAGUGAUUGCUCAGAGGUGGGACCAUGGUCCCAGCCAAACUCUUCCUUUUGGAUCAAUCCUCUCCGCAGAAACAGGUUCUUCAUUAGGAGCUAUAGUUUUAGAUUCCACAAAGAAGACAAAUUGAUAAAGACCUGUAAGAUUAAAAAUCUUUCACAAUCCUCAGAAAUAGAACCAUCAGCAUGGGCCAAAGCAAAAAUUGUAGCCAAAGACAGGAAAUUGUCAAAGAAAAAGAAGAAAGCACAAAAACUGGAGGUGCCAGUCAUAACAGUCAACACCUGCUCUCAAAGUGACCAACUGAAUUCAGAGCCAGGAGGAAACAGCAUCUCAAGAGAGGAGGAGUACAGCAAGAACUGGCUCACGGUGUCCAAAUUUAGUCAGAUAAGUUUAGAACCAUGUAUAUAUCAGAAAAUGAAAAGUAAAGAAACUGAACAGCAUGCUGUGCAAGUCAGUGAUUACCUAAAGCAGUCUCAACAGGAUCUAAGCAAAAACUCUUGGUGGAAUUCCAGGUGCAGCAAUUUCAACAGGAACUCCAUGUUGAGAAGUUCGAACGGAGUUGACAAAAUCUCAGCCUCCUUAAAAAGCCCUCAAGAGUCUCACCAUCAUUAUUCAGCCAUUGAAAGGAACAAUUUAAUGAGACUUUCUCAGACCAUACCUUUUACCCCAAUCCAACUGUUCGCAGGAGAAGAAGUGACUGUCUACAGGCUGGAGGAGAGUUCUCCUUUGAACCUCGACAAAAGCAUGUCCUCUUGGUCCCAGCGUGGGAGAGCGGCCAUGAUCCAGGUGCUGUCCCGAGAGGAAAUGGAUGGUGGUCUCCGCAAAGCCAUGAAAGCCAUCAGCACUUGGUCCGAGGAUGAUGUUCUCAAGCCAGGGCAAGUUUUCAUUGUGAAGUCCUUUCUUCCUGAGGUUGUGCAGACCUGGCAUAAAAUCUUCCAGGAGAGCACUGUGCUCCAUCUUUGCCUCAGGGAAAUUCAACAACAAAGAGCUGCUCAGAAACUGAUCUAUACCUUCAACCAAAUGAAACCACAAACUAUUCCCUAUGCACCCAGGUUCCUGGAAGUUUUCCUAAUCUAUUGCCAUUCUGCGAACCAAUGGCUGACCAUUGAGAAGUAUAUGACCGGGGAGUUCCGCAAGUAUAAUAAUAAUAAUGGUGAUGAAAUCGCUCCCAACAACACUUUGGAGGAACUGAUGUUGGCCUUCUCUCAUUGGACCUAUGAGUAUACCCGGGGAGAGCUGUUGGUUUUAGACUUGCAAGGUGUUGGAGAAAAUUUGACAGAUCCAUCUGUUAUAAAACCUGAAGACAAACGAUCAAGAGGAAUGGUGUUUGGACCAGCCAAUUUAGGAGAAGAUGCAAUUAGAAACUUCAUUGCAAAACAUCGCUGCAACUCCUGCUGCCGGAAGCUCAAACUGCCGGAUUUAAAAAGAAAUGACUAUAGCCCUGGAAGGAUCAAUCCCACCUUUGGACUUGAGACCAAACUAGAACCAAUGGAAGGGGUUCCAGCAAGGGAAAUGAGCAGUGAUCCCUUGGAAGACAUCACACGAUUGUAA